AUGGGGCCCAACAAAGCUAUCGCGGCCGCAAUCGCCGUGUUCGCAGCCCAAACAGCUAGUGCGAAACCCGUUGACAUUCAACCAAAAAUUGUUGGAGGAUCGCAAGCCAACCAGGCUGAGUGGCAGUCGAUCGUCUCUAUACGACUUGCUCAAGGGGGCGGGCAACCUUACCACACCUGCGGCGGAUCGUUGGUGUCAGCCGACACUAUAGUCACGGCCGCCCAUUGUAAUAUAGAUAGACUACCGGCUAGCAUGUUUUCAGUCCUUGCUGGGUCAAAUGACCGCAAAAGCAGGCAAGCUACUGUCGUUGGCGUAGCUGAAAUUAUUCACCACCCAGAGUUUGACCGUAAUACCAUGAAAGAUGAUAUUUCUGUUUGGAAACUAUCAAGGCCAAUUCCAGAAAGUAACACGAUUAAAUAUGCCAGGAUGCCGCGGCAGCGCGAGGACCCGCCACCCUCAGCUGCAGUAAAGGUAGCUGGCUGGGGAGCUAUACAGGAAAUAAAAAUACCACAAGGUGCUCAAGGUGGUCAAGCCAUAAUUCCACGAGAUGCUCCACAAGAGCCUUCCCCGAAAGGACUUGUUCCCGUCACCAUCAUACCGUUCCCUCCGACUGGACAUCCUCAGGACCCCCAGCCGGCGCCUCAAGGUCCUCAGGCUCCUAUCGACGAGGAGACCAUCGCGCCUCGACUCCUGCGAGAAGCUAUGCUCAGCGUCGUCGACCACAGCACGUGCAGUCAGGCAUACGCACCUACGACUCAAGUCCAGCAGCCUGGCCCGAUCCAGCCUGGCCAAUUCGGCAAAAGACAAGUCUCAUCGCGAAUUACACAAAAUAUGAUUUGCGCAGGUGCAAGCCGAGGGGCCCAGGAUUCCUGCUAUGGAGAUAGUGGCGGUCCUCUUGUUGAUGCCCACUCCAACACACUGGUUGGUAUAGUUUCGUUUGGUCUGGCUUGUGGACAUCCGACUGCUCCCGGCGUUUAUACCAAAGUCAGCAGCUAUAUGGACUUUAUUAGGCGAGUAGCUGGCAAUAUCGGCGGUAACGGCGACAAUGGCAGCGGUAACGGCGACGAUAGCGGCAGCGGGAACGGCGACAAUGGCAGCGGUAACGGCGACGAUAGCGGCAGCGGGAACGGCGACAAUGGCAAUGGUAACGGCGACAAUGGCAAUGGUAACGGCGACAAUGGCAGUGGUAACGGCGAUAAUGGCAAUGGUAACGUCGACAAUGGCAGCGGCAACGGCGAUGAUGGCGGCGUCACUCAGGUGCCUCCAAUGAACUUUGAUUACUGUCUAGACUUGCUUCUACAAACCUGGCUAUCCAACGGUAACGGCGUCCUCACCCAGGUGCCUCCAAACUAUGAUAACUGUAUAAAGUUGAUUUUUGAUGUCCAGCUACCUUUCUAG